CUCUCCAAAAAGCGGCACUUAUGCGAUCAUUAUGAUCAGCGGUAUCGCGCGCGACGGUAUAUUUGAAUCCAAUAUGGCGGCGGUGUUUACAGUAGAAGAAGUGAUCGAACAGGUCUUGGAUUCGGACGGCGAAGAUGAAGAAAUUGUAGUUAAUGAAGAAGAGGAUAAUGUAGAUAGUGUAGAUAAUGUAGAUAGUGUUGUAGAUUCAUGGUUAGAUAGUUUUCCUGCUAAGGAAGGGUUUGAUCGAGAGCUUUUCAAAGACAUCGGGAAAGAUUUGAUAAAACCACUAGUAGUGCAGUGUUCAGCGAGCUGUGCAUUGGGUGAAUUACAGUCAAYUGAGCGUUCUAAUGCUGCUAGACUCCUCUGCUCUACAACACUUAAUGCUGCCUCUAUCCUUAGAGAUGAAUCACUGUUGUGGUUAAAAAAGAUCAAUGCUCGUCUUGGAGGGAGAGUGGCAAUUCGUAGACCAUAUCACGGAAGUAUCUCCAGAAGUAUCCCAUUUGAUAUCUUCAAGGUUGCAAAGCGKKUGCUAUCAGAAAGUAGAAGUGGCAGCUUUUAUGAACCACGCUGUUAUAUCAAGAGCAACCAAAAGGUUGAAGUUAUCUGUUUUACUUCUAUGUACUCAGUGCAGAAAUUUUUAUCUACCAUUUCUGCACUGAGUAUUAGUGAAGUAAAGCAGUACUUUAACCGCAAACUGAAAUCAAGAGGAAGAGAAGACCAUAUUGUGAAGCUUUUGGUAAAUGAUGACAAACAGUUGGCCCUCACUUAUUCUAUCAGAAGGGGAGAUCUGACUAUCACUUUUGAUUAUGGAGAAUGGAACACUUCUGGCUAUCCCUUACAUAACUGCGAAUACGAUCCGUACACUUCAUAAAUGGAUACAUCUGGCCCACACACACACACACACACACACA